UGCAACUGAGAAACAAGUCCUAACUUGAGUUCCAAGCAAGACACAGGUUCUAAACUUGAAGCACAACCAUGGCGUACAAUGACUACGGCAAUUACAGAUCAGGUUACUCCACCGGCGGCGUUGGAGCUUACGACCAAUGGGGAAAUCCAAGGCAAAGUUCUCAUCCAGGUAUUGUUGAGCCAGUGAGAGGCUAUGGCUAUGCUGCUGAUAACUCAGGGCAGCACAGGCCUUCCAGCCCCAUCAGAGGUGGUUAUGGUUAUGCUGACCAAGCUUCCAGGAUUGCACCAUCCUAUGGUGCGAAUUAUCGCCAACAGCCCCAUCAAACCGGACACUACAGUGGCACUCCAGCAGGCUAUAAUGACUACAAUGACUACAGCAACAAGCCAAGUUACAAGCAUAGUGGAAAGAGUGACAAGUAUGAUGACCACUACCGCAAAAAUGAAACUAGCAGUUAUGGACCAGCUGUCAACAUGAUAUCAAACAUGGUAUCAAGCCGGGUUAAACCAAGCCGUACAGUAUACUCAACUAGUGCACUCCCCGUUCGUGGCGAUGGUAGGCUCACCAUUCCAACAGAUGACAUGGAGAGGGCCUUGCACUACUUGAAGGAAAGUUCAAAGACUUCGCCAUGGCCACGAACAUAAUGAAGAUGACUUUCAAGAAUGUCGUGUAUGUUAACUAUGCUGCUGGUUCAGUAUAAUCAAGCUACUCUUAUCUGUGUGUUUAUUAUCUGCUUCUGUUUAGCAGGUACAUGGUAAGACAUUCUGGUGUACUCUUUGUAACCUGUGUUGAUGGCAUGUAUGCCCUGUGAUGAAAGUAUAAUAAAGCAUUGUAGCCUGCAAUAAAUAAUCAAGUAUAGUUUGCAUCAA